GAGAGAGAGAGAGAGAGNAUCCACGAGUCGUGAACACGCCGCGCCGAUAAAGACAACCGCGCGCUAUUAAUGUCCUCCCGGUCUUAAUUAACGUCAAUUAAUACGUUAAGGCUGGAUCUAUUUGUCCGCCUCUAAUAGAGCCUGUUACGGCCAAUUUCAAUCGACAUAAUAUACCAUCGGACCAGACUUUUCUCUCGAUUCCGAGCCAUUGUUCCCUCGCAGAGACGAUUCAUCGACAAACGUGUAAAAAGUCGUACGCGUCGAUAAGGAAGAUUCGUACAUUUCCGAGUUCGAUUUAACCUCUUUUGUUGUCAGCCGUGAGUGGUGCGAUAUAUUUAUGUAAUAUGCGUGUAUCGUCAUGACUGAAACAACGUAGAGUAUACUCGUCGCGCGAGAAAAGUAAUUGCUAUUUAUUACUUGAACGAAACUUUUCGUGGCAGAUGAAACAUUUGUAAAUGUUAUCAUUUGAUGUAGCAGAUGUAUUUGUAAAUGUUAGUCAUAUCGAGCAAGCAGUUUUUGACCAGUACACAAUCGUCAUCAUCGCGGCUAAUUGCAAGAGGUUGAAAAGAAAUGGAAAGAAGAAGAUUAAGGAAGAGUUUCUUGUUCGGAGCAAUUAGUCAGAUAUAGUUCUACUCAAAUAUAAGUUCUACAUUACUCUGGUCAAGAAGGUGCGCGAAUAGGGAAGGGAACAUAUUAUAUAAAUGUACUGACAGAGGCAUCCACAUUCCAUUUUUCGCAAGCAGAGCAAGUAAAGCAAGUAUUACGAGUAAUCUAAGAGCAUCAAUGUCUUUUAGUCUUUGGUGGCAACUUUUACUGAGGAUACAAGGAUUCACGGCCGAGUAUCUGUUGAUCAUCUGUAAAGAAAAAAUGGUCAGCAAGAAAAGAAUGACAAAAUGUCAAACAAGAACAGCUGGAGAAAACAAAAAUUCGAAGAAAAUGGAUUUUCGGGAGCUGAUUAAAAAAGAAAAGGAACGAUGCAAUACAAUGAACAUCGAAUAUAGUUGGCCAGAAACGUUGUAUGCAAACGAAUUCCAAGGUGCGAGUUAUUUCAUACUGACGAACUUCGUGAGAUUGCGCGGAAAGCACUCGGAUGAUGUCCCGAAAAAAUGGUCGACGACUUUCUCAUGUUCGCCUUUGAGAAACUAAUCAAAGAGACAGCGAUGACUGUAGAACUGUUCAUGGAUUUGCAAGAAUGGUUUAAUAAUCAGUUAGCGUAUUCCAAUGCCCAACAAAUGUUUAAAGCAAUAGUAGAAAUCCGUAAAAAAUUUAAUGAAACUGCCGAAAAAUCGAAAGACAUUAAACUGACUGCCGAUGAAACUGCUAAUUUGAUCGGUCUGAAAUUUAACUAUGUAUCAAGAUCGUCGGAAAACGAAAGAUAUAAAGAAUACGAGGAAAAAGUGGAUAAAUACUAUAAAGAUCAGAGGCCAAGAAUGUCUCCUAAAGAGUUGAAACGUUCCAUUGUUGACGCGCUGCAAAGCGCAAACUCUCAAACUCAGUUGGUCGAUUUCCUCGGUUUCGAUGCAAUAGGUUUCAUAGAGUACAUCAUCAAAAAUCAAGAAUUCAUUAUAGCGAAUUUCGAUAGACUUGAUGAAGAAGAUGAAGUGUUGUUUGAAGACUGUUUGGCGAGUGAUUGGAAUGAGAGUGAGUGUGAGAGCACGAGAAAUUAAAUGUGUAACUAUAUUUUUUCUAAUAUUAUAUCAUAAUCUCACAAUUUUAACUGUAGUACAUAAGUUAUUUAUGAAUAAA